AUGGAGGCAAAGGUUCGCUCGUUCAACAACCUCCCAAGGUCGAAGAAGGUACCCAGCGGCUUGCUGCCCAACCACUGGGUUUUUGGCGUCUGCCAUGUCGACAUGCAUCCACCCGGCGACCUUGUUCUAGCCAUCAACCCACAGAGUGAGUAUCUUAAUCAGGCCGGACCGGCUCAGAUCCUUUCAUUGCCAACGACACGCGAGAAAGCCGAAGCCACCAUCCCCUACCUUCUGGAUGCCUUCGCCAACCCCACGGCCAUCGACCCUUCGAAUCCAACCUUCGCACCUUGGACCUGGUCCACCCUGGAUCCCGACAUGGCACAGGCGAUCGAGGACGGCCUCAAAAGGCACGACGUGAAGCCCGCGCUUUGCAAAGUGGGUGUUUGCACCGCUGAAGAGCGGGACAUCUUGGAGACGGCCCGAGCCAGGCUCCUCAGCACGUUGACUGGGGUUUUGGAGGAUAUCGAGCCAGACGCAGUUAGUCUAGGCGAUUCCGCGAAGUGCCAUGGCUGCGGUAUGAGCCGCGAGUGCUUCUUCCAGCCGCUCAAGAGGUGUGCGCGAUGCGGCGAGGCCUUUUAUCACUCGAGGGAGUGUCAGAAGAAGCACUGGAAGCACCAUAAGCCAAUGUGCUGCACACCUGGUGCCUCCCCUAGCCUCAAUGCUCAUAACUACUACAACACGAAGGCGCCUACCGACCCGGAGGCUCAGGCUUUGAUGAGCGCGCUUCGCCUUGAGGGGCAUCCAAACCGUGGAGGAACAGCCCUACCUCUACAUCGCCUAAUUCUCACCGGCCAAGACACGCCGGAGAAAAUGCGGCUACUAUUUGGCCCACAAUAUGAAAGCACCCUCACGGAGGAUCAUGAAAAUGCCCGUGUCGGAUACCUACUCGACCCACCCCCUGGUUCUCCAUGGCAUGUUCUGAACGCCUUUAUGAAUGAUCCUUCCCUUGUUCGAUCUCUGCGGCCAGCAACCGAGGCCGAGAAGCAGAAAGUCGAGGAAGUCAGAGAGAUACAAGCUUUGAUCCGACUGAGAGUGGGCGCUGGAAAAUCCCCUUCUUCAGCGGACAUGCAGGCCAUCCUGAAGACCUUUGGACCGAACUGGUCUACAAAGUUGCCGACCUACACUCUGGCGGCGAAUACCAUGGACCAAGGCGUUCCGGCUGGUGGAUACCGUAGUUUCUAG